GAGCUGCCAGCUCAGUGUCCCAAGGGCAGCCAGACCCCCCUGCAGCUGUGAGGAUGCAGACCUGCCUGAGCGUGCCCUAGCAGUGCCUCCCACAUCCAGGCCUUGAGGUGUGCCCAUCAGGGCAGUGCACGUGAUGGUAACUUCUUGUGGGUGUUUGCUUGUAGUUGUGGACACAGAGAGUGCUCUUUCAGCCCCUGAGCGAGGGGCAGAUACCGUGCUGACUCCGAGCUGGUACCUCAAGCGGAUGAACGAUGACAAGGUUCCUGAAGAGUUCCCUGAAGGAUUGCCGGAUGUUCCAGAGGAGCUCCUGGCAGCCUUGCAUGAAGCCCCGUCUGAGACAGAUUCUGAGACUGUGCCGGAGACCUUAGCUGUGGAAGAAAGUGACAUUGUGCCAGGCUCACAUGAAAAAAGAGAACCAAUAGAGGACACCAGGACACUUGCUGAGCCUGAGGAAUAUUCAGGGUCAUCCGGUGGGCAAAAAGCCGAGACUGCUGGACACUGUGACCCGAGCAAGUACUACAUCCUAGUAGGGACAGUAGCAGCCUCAGCUUUGCUUCUGCUUGGGGCAGUGUCUGGCUAUCUAGUCAUGCAUCAGCUGGUGAAGAGAGACAGGAGGAGCCAGGAGGACAAAGAGGCAACAGGACAGGACUGGGACUCUUCCUGGGAAAGCUGUGGUCAGCCUAGAGGUGAAGCAGAGCCAGGAGAAGGAGCGGGAAGCGGCGAGAGAGCCCAAGGCAACGGGUUCAGGGAGAGCUGCCGCCUGUUUCCUGAGCUCUUUGCAGCAGAGCUUGCCCGGCUGUACAAGAACAUGAGCGCAGACCCGUCACCUCUGCCCACCUGCUCCUUCUGUGCUCUGGCUGACAACGCCUCUUCACGGGACCACUGGAUUUCCCUGGAGUCACCUCAGCCCACAGCAUCCUCUUGGCCCUCCUACCACCAAUACCUGCAGGACUACUAUCUCUUAGAGGAUGAUGAUUAGUGAUAGUGAUAGCCAUAGAUAGUGAUAGUGAUAGCCAUAGAUAGUGAUAGUGGUAGUGAUUCUUUUAGUGAUAGUGAUAGGGACACUUGAUAUUAGAGGGUGGUGGUUGUUUUAAUGAUAGUGAUAGUUAAUAUUAGAGGAUAGUGAUGGUUUUAAUGAUAGCGUUAGUUAAUAUUAGGGGAUAGUGAUUGUUUCAAUGAUAGCGUUACUUGAUAUUAGAGUGAUAGUGAUAGUCAUAAAUAGUGAUAGUGGUAGUGAUUCUUUUAGUGAUAGUGAUAGGGAUACUUGAUAUUAGAGGGUGGUGGUUGUUUCAAUGAUAGUGAUAGUUAAUAUUAGAGGAUAGUGAUUGUUUUAAUGAUAGCGUUCUUUGAUAUUAGAGGACAGUGAUUGUAUUAGCGAUAGUGAUAGUUAAUAUUGGAGGAUGGUGAUUGUUUUUGUGAUAGUGGUACAUUUAGUGAUAGUGAUACUUGGUAUUAGCAGACAAUGAUUGUUUUCUUGAUCUUGAUAAAUAAAUAUUUUUCCAAAAGCAGUAAA